CUCUAUCAUGUCUGUGCAGACAGUCAGAACGUUAGUCAGUUACCUGAGGUCUGCUCACUUCCUGUCAAGGAGGAAGUGAGGGCGAUCGGAGAUCACCCUCUGCAAGCAAGAAAGCAAACACACACAAACACAUACACUUGGACUGCACAGAUGAAGUUGUGACCUGAAUGCGAAAGCCAGCUGAGUGAUAUGGAUAACAUGGAGCAGUGUGGACCAGUCACCAACAGAGGGCAGUGUUCUACAGCCCAUCACCACAUACUGGACCAACCAUCGGACUCCUCAUCGCCCCUUCUCUCAGAGGACCUGUGAUACACUGACCUCUCCAUCCAGAAACCAGUACAAUCGGAUAUAUACAUAUAUAUAUAUCAAAUAUACACAAACAUACCAAGGAAAAUAGCUCAAACACACAGAUGAAUGUCCAUCCACGUACAUCAGUAUGGAUACAGCCACACCAAGAUGAAUCUUCUCUAAAGGAUUUAUCCACUAGUCUGGACUGAGUUGUUGUAGGGCAGGGGUUAGGGUUAGGACUGGGUGUAAGGGAGGGGUUAGGGUUGUGACUGGGACUCCACAGUGGUGUAGGGCAGAGGUAAGUGUCAGGACUGGGUGUAGAGCAGGGGUUAGGGUUGGGACUGGGACUCCAGUGAGGAUGCUGUCUAUGGUGAUACUCGGUGUUUUCCUGUCCCUGCUCAUCCUGCUGACAGUGUUUGGUAACGUCCUGGUUUGUCUGGCCGUCUGCGCCACACGACGUCUCCGCUGCCUCACCAACUGUUUCAUCGUCUCCCUCGCCAUCACUGACCUGCUGCUUGGCAUGCUUGUCCUGCCUUUCUCCGCCCUCCUCCAGCUCAGCGAUUGGCCUCUGGGGCCGACCAUCUGCAACAUCUACAUCUCAUUGGAUGUUAUGUUAUGCACCGCCUCCAUCCUCACGUUAUUGGCCAUCAGCCUGGACCGCUACCUGGCCGUGACCGCGCCCCUUAGAUACUCCUCACUGGUGUUGCCGAGGCGAGUUGCCUUUGCUAUGGCGUUGGUGUGGGCGGUGUCGCUAGCGGUGUCAUUCCUGCCAAUCCACCUGGGCUGGAACACUGUGGACGGCAACGUGCAGAAUCGCGGCCAGGGGGACAACAUGACAGAGUGUAACUUUGAGCUGAACCCAUCGUACGCUGUUGUGGACUCCUCCUUAACCUUCUACCUCCCCUUGCUGAUCAUGUGCUGGACCUACCACCGUAUUCUUCGCAUCGCCCGGGCGCAGGCAAGGCGCAUCAUCCACGCGCGCCCCAGACUUAACAACAACAACAGCUCCUCGUCAGCCCCUCGUCAACUCACCUCAGUAACAGCAGUGGCUCUACGGGAACACAAAGCCACAGUGACUCUAGCAGCAGUGAUCGGGGUCUUCGUUGUGUGCUGGCUGCCCUACUUCACCCUGUUUACCAUUAUGGGUCUGAAGAAGCAAGAACUACCCAGCAGCCUCCCCGUGGUGCAGUGGCUGGGGUACAUCAACUCAGCUCUGAACCCUUUGCUCUACGCUGCCCUAAACAGAGACUUUAGGUCCGCCUACGCCCGCCUGCUGCGCUGUGGUUACUACGGAUACGGCAGGGGGAGGGGCCGGCCACCAUCCCCCAACACAUUCAUGACAGGUGGGGGGAAAGUAUGUGGAGGGGAGGUGGAUCUAUUGUGUGGACACUCCUCUUCCUGCAGGGCGGGGCCAAGUGAGACAGGUAUGAUGCUACAGGAAGUCAGCAGAGGAACGGCCACGCCGUCUCCUCAGCUAAACAACGGGGCCGCUGUCGCCAACGGCAACGACAGAUCCUGCUGACCCUGCGUCUAACUGUGAGGAGGAUUCAGUGUCCCACCAGUCAUGAACGCUGAGCCCAGCCAGCCUGACCCACACACCUAGCCCAGGGGUCAAUCACAUCACUGACAAGACACAAGGACUAUUUGGCCAUCUCCAGAAAGGAGAGCAGGCUACGGAUGUGAAGGAACUCAUCCAAAAUAUCACAGGCAAUCCAGAACAAGGAUUCAGAGGACUUUCAACCAAAAAUGUUUUUAUCAGAUUCUAUUUCUAUCCCCUCAACCAAUGAGCAGUGACUGGGGAAAGCCACGAGUCACUUUGUUCUCGAACACUGAUAGCUGGAAAGAAAUAUCACGGGAUGGACAGAGAGACAGAAAGACUAAAACUCUCUUCCCAGACUGGUAGUGGACUCUAACCACUGGUGUUAUUCAUAUGAACCUGACUGUAAGCUUCCAAUGUAGCAGAUACUUUGCCCCCAAGCAAUGGAAUAUGAUACCACAAUCUGACAAGGAGACUAGACGCUUAGCAAUGAUUUAAUUCAUAUCAAAAUAAUCAGUCUUCUGAGAGAAAAAUAAAAACAAUCUUUGACAGUG